CCUUGAUCGUGUUGAAAAGUUACAGUAUGUUUAAAGAUUUCCUUUUAAAAUUUACGAUUAAUUGAGUUUCUUUGGGCAGCCUUCUCAAAUUAAAAGAAAAUAUCAAAAAAUCCUCUUUUUGGAUGAUUGUGUUUUCAGCAGUACAGACAGCUGAGUUGAUGUUUGAUCAUUUGGUGACACCCUCUCUCCUCGUGGACUGUGUGUUCAUGCCUUAUUUGGGGCUGCCUCCUGCUCCUCAGGAGUUCACACACUCCAUGCCUGAGACUUGGGCAAAGAUGAAGAGAGUGUUUAGGGUACAGUUCCAAGAAAGUUCAAGGCGGAAGAUAAAGAGCGGCAGAGUCUUGGAAGCAAGUCAGGUCAUGGAGGCAGAGAGCAAGAAAAGAAAGAAGAUUGAUGGGAAGAGGUGAGGUUUUGGGGAGGGGGUGGUGAUUCUUUAUAGCCAAUGACGAGGAAGAAGGGAGGAUUUUUAGGGAGAGGGGUGCACUUGGUCACCACACUCAAUGUCAGCACUCUGAGAAGACAGAGGGUCGCCAGCUGCAGAAAUAAACACUUCCUUACUGGCUUUUUUUUUUCUUUCCUUCUACUUUUUUUGUUUGAAGAGAAGUGCUGACUCCAAGGAAAUUUGUUUCCAGCGAUAGCACAAAGUGGAGGAUGCUCACCUGCCUAUGCUGAAUGAAAGAGGGCAACUGCUGAGGCUCCUGCACACGUGCACACAUCCAGCCCUCCUCUUCCUAGAUCGAUUUUUCCUGUAGUUGCCGCUUCCUGUGUGUCAGGACACAACAGCCUGCCUCGUUUGGUGGCAGGAGAGUCGAAGCUGAAAGAGGAGUUUAUUUGACUGUCGGAGAGGAUGAAGGCUCUGCAGAAGAAUCAGGGCCGCACUGACCAGAUGUUGGGAGCCAUGGCUGAUGUGCUUACGUCUGUGGCCAUGCCCAGUCAACAGUGGCUGUCCGAGGGGGGGGAGGCAGACCUCCCAUCAAGCAAAGAGGAAAAGGGGUCUGUGCAAGACCAGUGGGACCACGAAGGCCUGGAGUGGGAACAACAAUCCAAAGAUAGUCCAGAGAGGAGCGAAAAAACAGACUCGUACUCGGCAGCAGGCAGCGAGGGCAGCAUCUCCACCUCCGUGGCGUCACUGCCCCCUCAGCCAUCAGUCAGCUCAGCUCCCAGCUCCCCGAGCUCCAGGCGAUCUGUUAGCACCCUGAAAAAGUGGCUGACAAACCCAGUAAGAAAACUCAGCGUUGGAUCCGCCGGCAAAGCGGAACGCCAGGUUCGAAAACUUGAAGGAAAACCUCCACUUCUUCCAUCCCAAAGUCAGAGCUUGGAUCUCAACAGCCCCCCAAGGCUUGAUGAAACGCUAACCGUUUUACCUGUCACCCACAGAGAACUGGAGUGGAAAGAUGGCCUUGCGAGCCCUGAGGACCUGUCUCCAGGCUCACUUCAACCCCCCACCUGUUUGAAUGAGUCGCUGACUGGAUGCAUGUCAUUACCCAAUGCCCAGGACACGCAGUCCACCGGUGUUUUUCCCGAUGACAGCGGGUCCACCUUGAUGGACGACACCUCCAGUCAAUGGUCGGCGGCUGCUGACACUGAGGAGGAGAGGAGAAGUGCCUUAGAAAAAAGCAUGUAUGUACUGAGGGAACUCAUUGAGACUGAGAAGUACUAUGUGGCAGACCUUGCGCACAUAGUUGAGGGUUACAUGGGCACAAUGAACUCUAAAGGAGUCCCAGAGGACAUGAAGGGAAAAGACAAGAUUGUUUUUGGGAACAUUCACCAAAUAUACGACUGGCACAAAGACUACUUCCUGGGAGAGCUGGAGAAGUGUUUGGGAGAGCCGGAGAGGCUGGCUCAGCUCUUUAUUAAACAUGAGAGGCGACUCCAUAUGUACGUUGUGUACUGUCAGAACAAACCCAAGUCAGAACACAUCGUUUCAGAGUACAUCGAGACUUAUUUUGAGGAGCUCCGGCAGCAGCUGGGCCACAGGCUGCAGCUCAACGACUUGCUCAUCAAGCCUGUCCAGAGGAUCAUGAAGUACCAGCUUCUGCUCAAGGACUUCCUAAAGUAUUACACUAAAGCAGGGAUGGAUACAGAGGAGCUGGAGAAAGCCGUGGAAGUGAUGUGCUUUGUGCCAAAACGUUGCAACGACAUGAUGAAUGUGGGCCGACUGCAAGGCUUUGAGGGGAAGAUCACCGCUCAAGGAAAGCUGCUGCAGCAAGACACCUUCACAGUGAUUGAACAGGACAGCAGCAUCCUGUCUCGAGCAAAAGAGCGGCGAGUCUUUCUGUUUGAGCAGCUGGUCAUCUUCAGCGAGCCCAUCGAUCGGAAGAAAGGCUUCUCCCUGCCUGGCUACAUCUUUAAGAACAGCAUCAAGGUGAGCUGCCUCGGGAUAGAGCCCAGCUUGGAUGGCGAUGACGGACGCUUUGUUCUGACCUCACGUAAUCCCGAUGGGAGCGUGGUCCGCUUCCAGCUGCAGGCGUCCUCCCCUGACAUCUGCAGAUCCUGGGUCAGUGAUGUGCUGCAGAUCUUGGAAAGUCAACGCAACUUCCUUAAUGCCUUGCAGUCGCCUAUUGAGUAUCAGCGUCGCGAGAGCAAGUCCAAUAGUCUGGGCCGCAGCAUGAGGCCCCCUCUGUCUGCCACCAGCUCCCUGAGACCCCAUUCGUCUGCCUCCAUAGACCGCCAUAAGCUGCCCUCCCUCCACUCUCACAACACCUCUCUGCCCGCGCUCUACCUGCCGAGCCAAGCGCAGAGUCAAGGACCCAACGAGAGCUUCUCACAGAGGGAUGCCACAGAGGUCCAGCCGUGUCCUACUGACCCCCACGCUGUGUCUUCGUCACACAUCCGACUCGGCUUUGCUGAUCAGCCAAACUGUCAAGCUGUGUCAAACGGGCUGUUCACCUCAACCACACAAGCUGCACAGCAGAGAGCAGGAGAGGGCAUCCGCAGGGGAUCGGCUGCUGAAGCUGGGACUCAGGCUCCUCUGUCGGGACCCUCAGCUGGACGACGACCCAGCAACCUGACCCAGCUGGACGAGGAUGACCUUUGAACUUCAUGUGUGGGUCCAGCGGACAGCAACUGAUGCCACUUCUGUGAAGAGAACAAGUCGCCUGUCCGCUCGCCUCACAUCCGAUCCUCCUCUUGUCCAGUCUUGUGAAGAACGCUGAAGGUGCCGUGCAUCGCGGACAGAGAAACUGCUUCUUCAGAGCCACCAAAAGGGAGAGGACAUGGCCUUGUUGACCUUCAGCGGAUCUGAACGGAGCCCAGCGGGACACAACUGGGCUCAGAGUUUGACAAAAAACUGUUAUAACAAAUUGUACCUUUCUGAGAGCUUGUAUCUCCUGUUCUUCUCUCUUUGAGAGCACAAGUGGAAUUUGUUUGACAAUUCCAUUCCUUAUUGGGGCAGUCACUGGAGUUAUGUGUGUGCCUGAAUGUGUGUUUAUAAAAUGACAUGUCUGUGUGCAUGUGACCAUGCAAGAAGUGGCGGUGGCUCGUUUAGUUCCCUUUGGUAAUUUUUUUCUUUUUUAUGCCCCACUCUAAAGAUACAUCCACCAACAUGUAAAUUACGUUUCUUUUUUUAUUUUUUUAAUUUUCCUGCUGACAUAACACUUAGCUGUUUAUAUCAACAAGAACGGGAACGGCGGAACACUUGAUGUGAGAACGCCACAAAAACUUCUGUCUCAGAUUUCAUCAGAAAGUACGGAACUUUCUUUGUUGCCAGUGUUGGGAGCCCCCGUGUGCUCUGAUAUUCUGUUUGACUGGGCUCCCUUUGAUCGGGACAAGAAGGCAUGAGGAAGCCCUCUGGAGGUUCUUUGUGGGGAUGACGUCACCUCAGAUUCCUUUUUACUCUUCAGGCAACUCCUGAGGAGGCAUUCAAAGGGCCCGCUGCGAUGAACCAAAGUGCUGCACGCAACGUCUCCUCUGUGGCUGACUGGCACAAGGCUGCUUUGCAAAAGUGAUCGUUCCCAGGAAGGUAUCCUGUGAUAUGUAGAAGAUUGGGCUCCGAAAUCACAUUGAUUGAAAGUAAUUAUUUUAUUCAUCCCUUUUUAUCACCUUUGCCUUCAAGAAGUAAGCAUAUGUAUCCCAUAAAACUCGAGAGAUAAAGAACUGUACCAAAAUCUAGUUGUCUCCAUAAUCUUUUGCACCAGUGCCAACAUCAACAGCAGAAUCCACCAUAGUUCAGAUCAGAUCUGCAGAAUAAUCGACCGUAUCGGCUCUCACUUUUGAUCUUUAAACCUUGAGUGACAAAGGAGAAGAAAAGGGAGCUAUCCUGCCUGUGGCCAGUAGAGGUCGCUAAACGCUUUCACCUCCACCUCAGUUGGAUCUUGCAGCUGCACCAAAGAUCAAGAGUCCUCACGUUUCAGAGCUCACUUUGAUAAUCUUGAUGAAAAAUUGAAAAUGAUGCCCAAAAGUACAACAUUUACGUUUUUUUAAUUUGUUUUGUUUUAUUUGUUUUAUAAGGAAACAAAAAGUGAUUUUUGCAGUUUUGACCUAUCCCACUUUGGUGUGAUCCGGUGAUGGACAUUUCUGAAGGAGCAGGUUUGCAUGCAACACAAAGGAAUACCACUACAGAGAACCAAAUGUGAGCACCUAAAAGGGUUUGCUUAUGGCUGAACAGAAAACAAUUGUAUCAUAUCAAAUAAAAAGUGUCUUUUGGAAUUUGAA